AUGAUAUCUACUCUCAAGAACGUCGUCGUCGUUGGCGGGUCCUACGUUGGCCUGGCUGCUGUCAAGGAGCUCGUCAACAUCCUCCCCGCGACGCAUAGGGUCCUUUUGGUCGAACCCCACUCCCACUUCCACCAUCUCUUUGCCUUUCCCCGAUUCUCCGUUAUCCCCAGCCACGAACACAAAGCCUUCAUUCCCUACACAGCGGCCUUCUCCACCGCAUCCGACCCAUCACGCCAUUCCGUCGUCCGCGCCAAGGUCCUCUCCCUGUUCCCCGACCGCAUCGUCCUCGACCGCGACUGGCAGGGGACCAAGGAAGUCCCCUACGACUAUGUCGUCAUCACGACAGGCACGCGGCUACCGGCGCCCGGGACCAUGGAGCACGAGGAUAAGGCGUCGUCGGUAGAUUAUCUCCGGUCGUACCAGCAAAGAUUCAAGGCGCGCACAAGAUUGUCAUCGUCGGCGGCGGUGCUGUGGGCGUCAAAUGGCGACGGACUUGAAGGAGAUUUAUCCCGACAAGGAUCUUGGGGUCAAGGCUAUCACCGGUGUCAGGGCAGUGGUGCCGGAAGGCGGCUACCCGACACAGCCCUUCGAGCUAGAGCUCAAGGACGGCCGCACAGUAGCAGCGGACCUCGUCAUCCCCGCCACGGGCCAGAUUCCCAACAACGAUUUCGUCAAGACGUUGAAGCCGACGACGGGAUCCCCCUCAUCAACCCGGCAAACGGAUUCCUCGCUGUCAAGCCGACGCUGCAGCUGCAGGAUCCGGCCUAUCCGCACAUCUUUGCCGCGGGAGACAUCGCCGAUACGAAGGCCCACAAGGCCGCGAGACCCGGCAUGGCACAGGUCGAGGUGGUGGCCAAGAACAUCGCUGCCAUGAUUGAAGGCCGUGAACCUACGGAUACGUUGGUGGUGAACCCGCCCGCGAUUCACCUCACUCUUGGGGUUACCAAGAAUAUGAUCUUUAGAAAUCCAGACACCGCUAACGGAGCAACCGAGCCGUUUGUCAACAUGAAGGAGGAUGGGGCACUGGACAUGAACAUUGAAGGCGUCUGGGCGCGCCGCGGAGUCAAGGCCACCAAGGCUGAUGAUUUCCACCUGUAA